CAUGAUCUACGUCCAACCUGACAGAUUUUAUAUGGGCCCACCAUUUGUCGAGUAACCGGGUCUUCAGGUGGUUUCUGCCUGUGACAGAAACCUGGUACUGCCCAGUGCAUUUACCGUUACAGCCAGUAACUGUAUAAGAAGUGGGGGUUUAAGACAAAACAUGGCUGCUUUUCUCAGGGUUUUUCUCCAUCAUCACAUUAAAUUAUGGGGUCUUUUCUUUCUUAGAUUAUUUGGUGCAGUUCACCGCAAAAGUUGUGUAACAUGAUGUUUUUACACUGUAAAUUUGGGCAAAAAAUCUCUGUUGUUUUGUGUUCUUCGGAUCUUUCUUGGUAUGGUUGAUGAGAUAUGGUGUUGCAAAAGAGGUUAGAUUAUGGAUUCAAUGGCUAUCAGGUGCCUCCUAUACCUCGAGCUACCAGAUCGCUUAGGAGAAGGGGUAUUAUUAGGAGGAAAGCUGAUGGCAAUGGAACUUGUCCCUUUGACUUGUUAGCUACUGUAGCUGGCAAGUUACUGGGGGAGGGAGAGAGCUCGCCUGAUUCUACAGGUUCUGUUAGAGGGAAGGAGCAAGGUGCAAUUGUGAAAGAUGAAAAGGUAAAAGAGGCUGAGGAUAGAUCUCUAAAAGAAAAAUCUUAUACUGAAGGCUGUUAUGAACGAGGCUUCUUCAUUUCUGAGCUUGUCUCACAAGCUCCAGUUGUAAAUCGUUCUUUAAGCGAACUGCCACAUGUUCAAAAUGAUACGAUCUCUAGACCUGCAUCUGCCAGUAUGAGUUCUGAUUGCUCUGAGAAGUUACUCUCUGCUAAACAGUUUGUAAAUGGUGAAAGCAGCGAGGAACAUGAAAACUUUUCUUCGAAGACAGAACGGGAGGCUUCUGGCUGUGGAGUCUUUUCCAGUUGUACAUUAGACACUGAAAACGAUAAACAGAUGAAAAUUGAGCUGUCAAAUAAAGCUAAAGUUUCUACUGAUAAGGGGGCUGCAAUUUCCAGUUCAAAGUUCCCUGAUGUUUGGGAUAAGAAACCUCCAACACUUGUUACUUCAGAUGAAAGUGUAAAAUUAUCUCUGUCUACAUAUCCUGCUCCUUGUAGGUCCUUUCCGAUGAUUCGGAAUGCUGUAAAGUUAGCUAAUAAAGAUGAUGACGAAAACUCUGGGUGCACUCAACCUAGCACCCCAAAUAAGGCCUCCGGGGCAGCACCACGUGUACGAGAUCGGCCAAUUAAGAAAUUACUAGCUUCCAAAUAUUGGGAAGAAAAUCUUAAAUCUGAUGAUGAGGGUCAUGCCAAUUCUGGUGCGAAAACAAUGCAUGUUUACUACAACAGAAACAUUGGCUACAAGCACCAGAGGUCUCAGAGGGAUUUUCCUUUCAAGAAAAGAAAGCUCUUUAAAUGUGGCUCGUUCUCCAAUUCCGAAGGAGAGAUGAGUACGGAUGGAAUAAGUAGUUCUCCAACAAAUGACUUACAUGGAAAUGCUUCCGGUAGUAGUAAAGCAUCUUCAGGAGGCUGCGCAGCGGCUGGAACAUCAGUUUUUAAUGGAGGUCGUGAGUUCCUCAGGCCUGGUGAUUCCCAUGUUAAGUUUAGAAUUAAGUCCUUCAAGGUUCCUGAGCUUUUUGUUGAUAUUCCGGAAAAUGCAACUAUUGGUUCUUUAAAGAGGACUGUAAUGGAAGCAGUGACUGCUAUACUUGGUGGUGGACUACGAAUCGGUGUGGUUUUUCAGGGUAAGAAGGUUAGAGAUGAUAACAAAACCUUGUUACAGACUGGAAUAUCUCACGAUUACAAGCUUGAUGCUCUGGGCUUCUCACUCGAGCCCAAUCCAGUUCAAACUUCCCAACCUCUUGGUCAAGACUGUCGUUCUUGUGUACUUCCUUAUGAAACACCUCAACGGCUAACAAGCAGGUGCCCAUCUCCUUCUACUGCGGUUCAUUCUGGCAUUCAGCAGGGGAGAUCUGAUGAUCAUACAGGAACAAGUUUGAGUAACUUUCUUGAAAGUGACCAUGAAUCAGCUCCAUCUCCUCAUUAUGCGGCUCUAGAGAAAAUUUCCGCAAAUUCAAGAGCAUUGGUUCCACUAACUGCAGUAAAUGCAGAAGCCUUGUCUGCAGUCCCAUUGCGGAAGCCCAAGCGAUCCGAGGCCACACAACGUCGAAUCCGUAGACCUUUUUCUGUCUCUGAAGUGGAAGCACUUGUUCAAGCUGUUGAGAAGCUUGGAACAGGAAGAUGGCGUGACGUUAAACUUCGAGCUUUUGAUAAUGCCAAACAUAGAACUUAUGUUGAUUUGAAGGACAAAUGGAAAACUCUGGUGCACACAGCAAGAAUAUCCCCUCAGCAAAGGAGGGGCGAGCCCGUGCCACAAGAGCUCUUAGACAGGGUCCUCACCGCUCACGCUUACUGGUCACAACAGCAAGCCAAGCAACAGAUGAAACAGCCAUCGGAGACUUACCUUCUUCUCUAGGAACGUCGUGGAAGUGGCCGGGGAGUAAAUAAGAGUUUAGAUUAUUUUGUUGAGUGUAAAAGGUGUUAUGUUAAUAAAAGUAAUACCAGGGAAAGUCAAGUUCCUUCCCAAGAGGAGUUGAAGCUGCUCUUGUAAAUGUUUUGAUAGAAUAAAGUGUUUUGCUAACAGAAUUUUUUUUUGUACUAAAUGCUUCUUUUCUU